UGUUUGCCUGAACUGUCAUGUUACUAGCAUAUGGGGCGGGCUCUUUUUGAAGGCGGAAAGGGUUGGUUGACUAAUCAGUUGAUCUGAUACCAAAACGACUACCAAGAACUAGCAAAUUUUCUAUGAGGAGUGUUUUUUGAUGGAGCACUGCUUCCUGUUUCUUCUUUACUUGAGUUAAACAUGACAUCCCAGGACAUACUAAACCAUGCCACCAAACUUGCUUCAUACAACGUACUAAUACAGGUGGUGUUUCGAGUGCAGACAUUUGUAUUGAAUGCUUUUACCCUGCGCUAUAUUUCCAAAGAAGUCAUCGGAGUUGUAAAUGUGAGGCUGACACUACUUUAUACUACCGUUGUCUUCCUGGCAAGAGAGGCAUUUCGUAGGGCCUGUCUGAGUGGAAGUAAUGAGCGAAACUGGACUCAGGUUAUCAAUUUGCUUUGGAUAACAGUUCCACUGGGUGUGGUUUGUUCUCUGCUGCUGAGUUGGAUAUGGCUACAGUUACUGGAAGUUCCUGAUCCUAGGCGUAUUCCACACUAUGAAAUUGGAGUAAUGGCAUUUGGUCUGUCUGCUGUGGUGGAGCUCCUAGCAGAACCUUUCUGGGUAGUGGCUCAAGCUCAUUUAUUCAUAAAGCUCAAGGUGAUUGCUGAAAGUGUAUCUGCAACAGUCAGAAGUAUCCUGACUGUGGUGUCUGUGGUUCUGUUUCCACAAUGGGGCUUGUACAUUUUUGCUUUUGUACAGUUGGUAUAUACUGGAGUUCUGGUUCUGUGCUAUGUCAUUUACUUUACAAAAUUCUUGAAGUCACCUGAAUCCCAGAAGAAAUCCUUCCCUUUUUCUCGGCUGACAGAUUUUUUACCCAAGUUUCCCAAGAACCAGCCUGCUUUGGACUGGAAACUUUCCCUGCUGACAUGGAGUUUUUUUAAGCAGUCUUUCCUAAAGCAAGUGCUGACUGAAGGGGAACGAUAUGUCAUGACCUUCUUGAAUGUGCUUAAUUUUGGUGACCAGGGUGUUUAUGAUGUAGUGAAUAACCUGGGCUCCCUUGUAGCCAGAUUCCUCUUCCUACCAAUUGAGGAAAGUUUUUAUAUAUUCUUCGUAAAAGUGUUGGAGCGAGGGAAGAGUGCAAAGCAGCAACCACAGGAAGAUGUCAACAUGGCAGCAGCAGUCUUGGAGUCUUUGAUAAAAUUAGCACUGCUUAUGGGUCUGACGAUCACUAUAUUUGGCUAUGCUUUUUCCCAGUUGGCCUUGGAUAUUUAUGGUGGUUCAGUACUUAGCUCAGGGUCUGGUCCUAGCCUUCUUCGCUGCUACUGUGUGUAUGUUUUGCUGCUUGCCAUUAAUGGAGUCACCGAAUGCUUUACUUUUGCUGUCAUGAGUAAAGAAGAGGUAGACAGGUACAACUUUGUCAUGCUGGCACUGUCUUUAACAUUCCUGAGUCUGUCAUACUUCCUAAUCUCCGUGCUUGGUAGUGUUGGAUUUAUCUUGGCCAAUUGCCUCAACAUGGGCCUUCGGAUAUCUCAUAGUAUUUACUACAUAUACAGGUAUUUCAGGGACAGUAUCCACAGGCCUCUGGAAGGACUACGCCUCUCACCAUCAUUGAUUUUGGUUUACAUUUUCAGUGCAGUAGUAACAACAUUUUCAGAGGUGGUGUUCUGUUGUGACAAAGGUUGGCUGUACAGACUGAUUCAUAUAUUCAUUGGAGCCCUGUGUUUCUUGGCUGUUUUCACAACCAUUUUCUUCACAGAAACCAAGCUGAUUAGCUUUGCUAAGACUCGUCUUUUCCCUCGUUACCUUAAGAAAGAUACAUAGCUCUGGAAAGACUACUGAUAAACAGGCACAUAAAGGCAGUAUUUAUGCUAGAAUUUCUCUGGCAUAUAUUUUUUGAACACAGUCAUAACAUGGACACUGGUUAUCCUGCAAUUCUUCGGUGGCAUUCCAUAAAAAGCAGUAAACCUAAGUAAUACUGUUCAUGGUUGAAAUAUAGGAAUGAACUGGAUUUUUUCUGGAUGGCAUUUGUAAAUGUCGUCUGCUUGUUAGAUAAGAAAACAAAAGCAGGUGAAAAUUUAAUGAAUCGAAGACUUCAAGUAUAGUAUGAUCAUGUAUUGAUACAUGGACUGACAUUUUAUGGGUUUUUUAAUUAUUAUUAGAUAAACAUUUUUUUGAAUGUCACAAAACAGCUUGUUUUGUACUGUGAAUUAUUUUGCUAAUUUGGCAUAGUUUAAAAAGGUUCAAAUCAGAAACAGAACUGAGCAGAUUGGCAAUAGCACCCACUGAGCUGCCCUUAAUAUUCAGUACUGCUGAGUGUUUAGAAGAGUGAGCUGUGACCACAGCCCAUAUGAAUAAUUAAUUAAGCACCUUGUAUGUUUGGUGCUGCUAACCCUCACUAGAAACAACUCACCCAGCAGCUUGACGUAGCACAGAUAUUAGGCUGUGGAUGAAAUUUGAUUCAAUGGUAACUGUGUGUCUUUGGUAAACUGUUUACAUUUAAUACACUGAAAUACUGAAUGAGAAAGUGCAAAAUUCACUACAACUGCACAGGGGAACUUCAUCAACCAUCUACAACUGAUAGUAAUGCACUUCAUGCACAAACCUCUAUUUGUGGCAUUAUAGCACAGAAUGGCCAGCCAUGUCACUGAAUGAGCAUUGCUUGCAUCUUGUUUUGAUUGGAAGUAGAACCACUCAGGGUAUUCAGUGAAAACAGCUUGGACUGAGUCGAAAGUGCUUGCACUCAUCACCAUAGUUUUAUACAUUUUUUUGUAUACUUCUGCCUACCCUGCCCAGCUAUCCAACCCAUCCUACUGACCUGUGGUGCCAUUUAUUUCCUUGUUGUAGUGGUUGGUCCCCUUCCUGGUAGGAGGAAGAGUCAGGCUGUGAUGGGUCUUUGUCGUGAGUAGACUGGGUUUUGCUGUAUAUGCCUGACUUCUCCCUUAUGAGUUUUGCAUUUGUUUUGGUGCAUGGCAUGAAGUGGUGCAACAUGGAGAAAAUGGUGCACUAGCUCAAAGUGGCUAUCCUUAGCUGACAUCCCUGGCCUUCUCCAGGAGGUUGUUACUUCCUCCUAGGUCUUCCUUGAUAUCCACUGUAGAAUCACAUUUUGGGGUGCACUUUGCUGAGAUGCGCACGGUUCCUGUUUUCCUCAGUGUGGGUGAGCUAAGAACAGAUGCCCAUUUCCCAUUCUCCUGCAGGCUCUUGCAAUGCUCAGACUCUAAUUAAGUCCAGGUCAUCUUGAUUAUGGUCAGGGCUCUAUUCCUAUAUGCCACAGAGUCAGCACUGAGACGUUAUCAAUUGUGAAUUACCCUACACUUGCUGCAACUACCUCUUGGGACUAAAUUCAAGUUUUCCUGAUAUCCACCUUCCGUGUAUUUAUUUGCUCCAAAUUGGAAAACAUUAUUGUUGAUUCGACCAUUAGUUGAUCAUAGUACAAGAAUGCAGUUGCUGUCAGAGUGAGUCAGGUUAUUUCUUCUUCUGUUGUAACAUUGUCCCAGACUCCUCCCAAAGCUCAUGACCAGUACACUUCAUUAAAUAUUUUAUAUUAUUGUA